UUUUCUUGGAUUCUUUUAUGCAUUAAAGAUGUCUGUCAGAGCGAAUUGGUCCCAGUUUAGGGUUAAGCUACAAUGGUUGUUGGACAGCGCGGACCUUAUAGAUAGGCCUGACCAUUCAAGGCGCUUAUCAGUACGACUUCUGACUGUGAAUUCGGAGUUCAUGAAUUUGGAAAACUCAUAUCAGCGCAUCCUUGAGUUGGUGGAUGAGGGUGUUCCAGCUGAGAGGGAAAUAGUUCUGGGAGCCCGCGCAGAUUAUGCACGUGCUUUAGAAGCUUUUGAUAGACUAAUGUCGAUUAAGUUAGAAGAGGCUCCGGCAAAUUCUAGCAGUUCUACGGUAAAUGCUAGAUCGGAGGUCGCCGAUCUGGACGCGCUGCUGUCACGUUUGCCAGCCCUUCGGCUUCCGUCCUUUGCUGGGGAGAUGGACCAAUGGGUGGGGUUUAACAAUCUAUUUGAUAGUCUGGUCGAUAAACGUUCAGAUUUGUCACCGGCACAGAAACUGGCAUACUUGAUGUCGUGUUUAUCCGGUGAACCCCGUGGAUUGGUCCAACACCUCAAGAUUGCGGAUGAAGGAUAUAGUAUUGCCCGUGAUCUUUUAAUGAAACGGUAUCAGAACACUCGGCGUUUAGGUGACGUACACGUUGACCAAAUUUUAAAAUUACCUACUAUUUCGGGUCGGCUUAGCGGUCUUCGGUCACAAUUUUUAAAUCCACUGAUUAUGGCGGUUAAUCAAUUAGAGCGUCUCGGUUUUCCUGUUUCGGAAUGGUCGUUUAUACUUUUACAUAUAUGUCUAUCAAAAUUACCAGCGUCACUUAAAUCUCGUUUUGAACAAAAAUUUGGUUGCGAAUCGGAUACCAUACCUAAAUAUUCGGACUUAGUUGAAUUUUUAGAAACGGAAUGCCGCUUAAUCGAGUGCGCGAAUUUGGAAUCAACAAAUCAGUAUGACUGUAACAAUUCGAGGCAAGCGAAGCCCGCUCGCAGAUCGGUUCAUUAUGCCGCUGCUGAAGUAAAGCAGCCGUGUAUAUGCUGUGGGGAUUCGAAACAUUUGAGCUUAACAGUUUGUCCGGAGUUUAAAUCCAUGUCGCCUUUUGCACGGAAAGAUUUUGUAGACAAGGAACGUCUAUGUUUCCACUGUCUGGGGAACCACAGCUACCGCGAUUGCCGUCGGGAGCUUCAUUGCAGCUGUGGAAGCACUAAGCAUCACCCGAUGCUAUGUUUUAAUCGGUCGGGGGUGCAACAGCGACAUAACAGUAAUAAUAAUCGGAGCUCGGCCGAGCGGUCAACCCCUCGCACGGGCGGGGGCUUUCGGCAGCAAUCUAACGUCGGAAGGGUCAAGUCACCUCGCGAUCUUUUACCCGCUCAACGUACCUCAUCUCCUUCACGACGACGUGAGGAGCAGCGAGAUGACUCACGUAAUGGAAAUCGUAGUGACAGGCCUCGGUACGGGCGUUCUGAUGAGCGGAAUGAGAGUGGUAGGAGAGAUGACGAUCGUGCUCUCCUCUAUUCCCCUACCAGACGCUAG